AUGAGACGUCGUUCAAAUAGGGAAUCGUGCACGCCUCGUAAAUGUUGGAGAUCGGCACCUUUAUUAUGUAUACCCUACAUUAGAAGAGGACAAGAUGAACUUAUUAAGUAUAUAAUUAAAAAUUUACAACAAAUGUUGGGGAAACCGUUUCCGCAGAAAGGCGAUAUUUUUGAAAAAACAAAAUUCAAACCUCAAAUGAAAAAAUCUGAAGACCCGACUUGCGACGACGUCAUUCCUGACAUUGAUUGUUCCGCGUCGUCACCCAGCGCGUGCACUACUCCAAGUCCAAACGCUUCGUUUCCAAGGUCACUUUACCCAUCCACUUGCCCUCAGAUUCCUCAAUCAUCUUCUUCACAAACGUAUUCGCAUAUUUGUUCACUUUCGAGCUCUUCGUCAGGUUAUUCAAAGCCUUCUGCAAAAUCGUAUCAACCUCCUUGUGUGCCUUUAUAUCCGAAAUCUAAUAAUCAACCUGCUUGUUCGCCUUCAUAUCCAAAACCUGAUGUUUCUCCUUGUCCAAGUCCAUUUACAAGAGCUCUUCCUCCGCUUCCUGGUUCACCUCCAAAUCCAAAACAACCUGGACAAACCCAUUGUUCAUCUCCACAUCCGAAAAACUUUCAAAUUUCUUGCCCGAAAAUGUGUGCUAAACCUUGUGCGCCUCCUUGCGUACCUUGCAUGCCCACUUGCUUACCCCCUUGUCCAACUCCUUGCUCACCUCCAUGUUCACCUUGUUACUCACCUUUUGCUUAUCCUCUUCCUUGUCCACCUUUUUGUAUAGCUCCUUGUCCAACUCCUUGUUCAACUCCUUGUCCAACUCCUUGUCAAACUCCUUGUCCGCCUCCUUGUCCGCCUCCGUAUCAACCAUCUUAUUCACCUCCCAUUGCUACUUCCAGAAUUUAUCCUUAUUCUCCAAUUAGUCCUUCUCCUGGUCCUUCUCUUUUUCCUUCUCCCGGUGCUCCUCUUUGUUCUCCUUUUAGUGCUUCUUCUUUUCCUCCCUAUAGUUCCUCUCCCAAUCCCCUUCUUAGUCGCCCUCCAUGCUCUCCUCUGAGUCCUUGUAGUUCUCAAAGUCCUCCCCCUGGUUCUCCAAGUCCUCCCCCUGGUUCUCCAAGUCCUCCCCCUGGUUCUCCAAGUCCUCCCCCUGGUUCUCCAAGUUCUCCCCUUGGUUCUCCAAGUCCUCGCGCUUUUAAUCUUUUUCCUAACCGUCCUAAUCACAAUCCUUCUCCUAGCCCCCUUCCAAGUCAUCCUCCUAGUCCUUUUUGUUCUUAUACGACAUCUAAUCCAAAUUCUUAUUCAACACCUUAUCCGUUUUCUUUAUCCACACCUCAUUCAACUUCUUAUUUGGGCCCUAAUUCAGAUUCUUGUUCGACACCUUAUCCAACUUCUUUUACGACACCUCAUCAAUCUCCUUAUUCGAUUUCAACGCCAUCAGAGUGUUCCACUUCACAAUAUUUUGUAGAAAGUGAUAAAUUUAGGAACGCACCGACAACUACAUCAUGCGAUAAUAAUGACAAUCCAUCAGAAAACGUAAUGUCAACGAAAAAAAUCACGGUAAAAAGUACAAAUUUUUCUCCGAUACCUUUUUAUCACACGCCUCCUUUCCCAAUUCAUGAUUCUCUAUUAUCAACUGCAGCCAACGCUCACACAACGGAACUUUCAAAUUCAGCACAGGAAUCGUUUAGUACAACUCCGAAAACAUUGGCCCUUACUUUUCCACCGAUAAAGAAAAUAGCUUCCUACAUAGAUUCAUGUUCAAAAUGUUCAUUAACUGGUUUGUUAUACGCAUCAACGAGUCCUAAAACGAUAUUUAGUAAAAUAAAUGAUAAAUCAACAAUGGGAUUUAUGUUUUCUUCAAAAUAUUUAAAAUCUCGAAUCCUUCCUGAUAAACCGUCACAAGACAGCAGCAGCAACACCAACAACAACAACAACAACAAUCGUUUUUGUUCAAAAUGUUUAUCCGAAAAUACAAUGCCAAAUGCGAAACAAAAAAUUAAAAAUUCACUACUAUUAAAUCAGCCAUUGAAAAAUUUAAUGAGUACAAAUGUCGACUUGAGUCGAAAAAGCUUUGUUGCACCAAUAAAAAAACCAGAAAUCGAAGAUGAAAAAUUUGCUGAUAAACUUAUCACAACGGAAAAAGCAACGCAAAAUUUACUUCAUUUCGAAAAACCGGAAACGAAAAAACGAACUCCGGCGACAUUAGAACUAAAAACAACUGAUUCAUUUAUUAAUUCUCUACUACGAUCGAGUUCUUCUCCGAACGAAAAUAAUUUAAAUAAUAAUAAUAAUAAUGAAAUAAAUAACGAAAAUUCGAAAACGAAUUCGAUUAUCGGUCAAAUAUCAAAACCUAAUGGAAUCCUACUCGGAAAAGAAACGAAAGAUUUUCCGUUAACGAAUUCUCGUCAAACGAAUAUCGAAAACCCGGAAAAUAAAUUUUCCAAUUUUCUAGAUUACGAAAAAUUUUUAACGCCAUCAAAUUAUUUGUCGCCAACGGAAAAAUCUCCAUUUAAAGAAUCAAAAACGAAUGCUUACAUGAAUAAUUAUAAUAAUAUUAAUAAAAUGUUUCAAAAUUCGUUUUUCGACUACGGGGAAAGAAAAAAAUUUCAAAAAAAAAAAAAUUUUAAACCAAAAGAUAAAUUCAAAUAUAAUAAUUUGAUUGAUAUCGGCGACAAUAAUUUUCCAGACUGGAACAAUUUGCGGAAUAUCCCGUAUCCGAAAGUUCGCGGAUAUAGCAAACACCUUUUUCCGUUAGCUUUUGAAAAUCGUCCGACAAACGAUUUCGAAUUGUAUAAUAAUAAAUAUCCGUUAGGAAAAGCUAAAAAUCAAUAUUUUCAUCCGAUCAACAAUCCUCUAAUGAAUAAUAUCGACAACAACAACAACAAUAAUAAUAAUAAUAAUAAUCACAAUUACGAUUCUAAAAAUCGACGACGGAAACGUUCUUUGAACUUCCCAGAAGAUGAGAAUAAUGAUAAUAAAUUAGGAAAACGUAUAAAAAAAAGAUCGUUACGUAAUAUUUUCCGGAAAUAUAAAAAAACAACACCGGCGACGCAUUUGCUUAUCAGUGAUUUAGCUGAUUUUUUGACAGUGAAAACACCCUAUUUCACCGCGACCACAGAAAAUUCUAAAACGGAAACCGGAAAUGAACCUGAUGCCGAUGCCGCGCCGGUUAACGCAACAGAUUCGUCCCUUGUGACUCCGACCUCAUCGACUGAAUAUGCAGCAGCUACGGAAUUGAUUGGAAAACCAUCGGAAGCCAGUUUUAACAAGGUUAAAACCGAAGUUAAACUCCAAAAAAAAUUGAAAUCCAAUGGAGUUCAAGCAAAAAAACGAUCUUCUGGAACGAAAAAAAAUGUAAAAAAUAAUUCUACGAAUUCGACUGGAAAAGAAGAAACAAACAAUAGUACAUCGGUUAGUUAUAAUAAUACGAGUGCCGUUAAAAAUAAAAAUCAAACCGAGAAAAUGGAUGAUAUCGACGAUGAUUUAACACUACCGGACACGAAUGAAACGAAGAAAAUAAUUAAUCCGAAACAUGUCGUUUCAAACAACAACACCAACAAUUACAAUAACAAAACGGAAAAGAAAACAACCGCCAAGGCAAUUCAUCAAUUGAAACGAAACUCUACCAAAAAACACGAAAAAGAACCUGAUAAAUAUGAUGACGUAGAAGAGGAUUUACAGAUACCUACGACGUUAAAAUCUGCAAGCAUUGCAAAACCUUCGAAAAGGCUUUCGAAUAAACCUGUGCCAAAAGUAUAUAAAAAAGUUUAUCCGGAUUCAAUAUCGAACUCGAUUACGGAAAAAAUAUCAAAUCAACAACAAUGGACGACGAAUUCUGAUGUAAAACUUCAAUUAUUAGCCUUGUGCGAAGGUUAUUUGGAAGUUGUUAAGUUGGCAAGAGGUAAAAAUCCAACGGUCGAAGAAGAUUUGGAUCCAUAUUUGAGUAAAUAUUGUGAAAAUGUCAUUUCUCAAAGUUUCAAUUCGCCGGACACUCCGAAAAAUAAAAAUUCACCCGUCAACAUAUUAAAAAACAUGAUGUCGGUAAAAUCACGAACGGUGUCAACGAAUCAUAAAAAAUUUCACGACGGUUUUGAAACGUCGAAAUUUAAAAAAAAUCAACAUCACUAUGCAGACGAUAAUAAAAUUAAUAACAACGAAUUAAAUAGUUCCGUUGACUACUAUAUGAAAUCGAAUGAAAAACUCAACGGAAAUUCAUUGAAAAAUUCCGACGUUGUUAAUUUUAAAAACAUUCACGAUGAUGUUAAAAGUUACGAAGGAAAAGACAACAGAAACAAAAACAGAAAAAAAGACAACAGCGAAUUAUACACUAAAGGUAUGCCAAAGGAACAAGUUGAUUUGUUAAAUGCACUUCGUAAAGAAAAAACAGCUUUGCUUUCGUGGCUUUUCGACAAUAAAGAAAAUGAUUACACUCCGCAAAAAGUUAAAAUUUCUGUCAAUGGUUGCAAAGAUGGAAACUCAUCAACAUCGUCUCCUCGUAAUUUUCUUUCAGGCACAAUCGAGUUUAAAGGCAACAAGCAAUUGUUGCAGAACAUCCCGGGUAUGUCAUCCAUCAAAUCUAAAUCUAAUUACCCUAUUUACGCAAGUUUAUACGGUUACGACAGAGGAGGAGAAGUAAGAACUCUUAACGUUUUCUGGAGGAAAAUAAAUGAAAAAACACACGAAGCCACAGUUUUUAAAAACGUUUCCGUUUUGGCAUUAUUAUUAACAUCGACGGUCUCCCCAAAUAUACACCGUGAAAAAAUGAAUUUUGACGAGGGUAAUUUCAACGAUAACGAAGAAAUGUUAAAAAGCAAAGAUCAAAAUAAAAACGGAUUUGGAACUUCGCAUAAGUCUACGGAAACGACGAAUUUUUCAUCGACAUCAAAACAUUAUAAAAUUGAUAAAAAAAAUAAUAAAAGUCAAACUGAAAGAUACGAAUUCAAACCUGAUUUACCGUCCAUGAUUGGUUCGUCAAAUAAUACUCCUGGAAAAAAUAUGGUCAAUGCGACGACUCAAGCGUAUACGAAAAUACCUAAAAUUCCCAGCGCCGAAGAUGCCAAACAAAAAAUUCAGAAAUAUAGAAUUGAAUUUUUGAAUUAUGCUGUCUACAUAGUUCCCAUUGUGUUUAUAACAAUUUUUUUUCUUUGCUGCGCAUGUUGUAUGUUUCUAUUAUGGAAAUAUAAAAAACAUAGGAAAAAAAUUAAAAAACAUCCGAACAGUGAAAAUAAUUCGGACGGUUCGGAAAGCGAGCAAUUUAAUAGUAAAAAAAGGCGAAAAAAACCUAAAAUACCUGAUUCGGAUGAGGAACGUUCGAAAAAUGCGGGGGGUAAAAAACGAAGGAAUUUAUGGAGCAUGAUUAAAUCUCGUGGCAACCGUCAAAAUUUUGACGAAAACGAAGAUGAUAAUAUAAUUCGAAGUGAAGAUGAUGAAUCAUCGGAAGAUAAACCUAAAAAGGCAAAGAGAAAAAAUGUCGAAACGUUAGAUUCGGACGAAGUCAAUUUCGAAGAGACGACGGGUAAAAAAAAGCGUAAAAAUUUAUGGAACGUUAUUAAAUCGAGUUCGACGAAACAAAAUUCUGAAAACGAUGAUAAGGAUUUAAACGAUCAAUCAUUGAAAGAAAAAAAAUUUUUUAAAAUACUCAAAAGGAAAAAAAAAGAAGGUAAAGAAAGUCAAAAUAAUUCGCAAGAAUAUGAACAACAACGUUCGAAAAGCCUUACGACAACACAAAAAGAAGAUAACAACAAAAGCAAAAGUUUUACUAACAAACCUGUCGACGAAAAUGAAAUUGAAAAAUCUCCUUCGAUUAAAAAUGAUGAUGAUCAAAGUGAAGCCGCGGACAGAAAAGAAAUCAUUGCACUUUUGGAUGAAUUAAAAAAAAUGGAAAUACAACAGUUGGAAGAAAAAAAAAAGGAAUCGUCUGUUGUGAUACAAUACCUGGCACACGAUCCGAAUAAAAGUUUUGCAUUCAGACCAGAAGAAUUUUGUCGGUUGCCGGGUUUCGACAAAAAAUCUCGCGACAUUCAAAGGAAUUGCACUUAUUGCGACAAACGUUACUCUAUGCCAUACGACGAUAUUCAGGGCGCAUUGAAUAAUUAUAAUUAUUGUGAUGAUACGAGCGAACAUCAGAAAUUACUUCCCUGCGACUGCGAACGUUAUUUAGAUAAGAAAAAAGAUUUUAUUCAUCGGAAAAAUUAUGGAUUUAAAAAACCAAGAAAAAAAAACGAUUUCGAUAUGGAAGAAAGAGUUUUGAAUUCAUUCAAUUCGUCGUAUUCUCCUCGAUAUAAGACAACUUUUGCAAGUGAAACAGAAACAUUGAGGCAUGAAUCAGUAAGAAAAAAAAAAGUCCAACUCAAAGAAAGCGGAGUACUUUGUAGGCUUUGA